AUGGCGGAACACGCACUGGAAAUGGGACACAAGAUAGAUUUAGAUGUUGAGGUUUUGAGGCGAGGACUACGAUCCACGCCACAGAAACUGGUGGCUGAGGCGUUAGAAAUCGCCAAGCAUCCAAACAGAAGGCACGGAACUGGCAAGCGUGUGGAGAACUGUUUUGGAUCAGUCGAGCUGGCACGUGUUGCUCGACAUCAUGCUAAUCGUGAUUCUGGACUUUGUUCUUCCGGGAAACCACUUGAUGAUGAAAUCAUACACCGUAUCAAGUCGCUCACUGGAUCGCGAGGCUUGUUUUUUUUCUCAUACGCACAAACACGUCGCAUUAAGCUGACACCGGACAUCGAUUGUCUGCAGCGCCUAGUCAGCGUAGCAACCACUCAUGUGCCGACGCGCCCACAUGCACGCACUGGGACCUACAUAAAGGCAAACCGAACCCAGUCAAGACACAGACUCGAGCGCGCACAGGGAGCAGGACGUCAACCUCUCCACAGGUCCACGGACAACCAUGGAGUACGUGUAGCAGUCUAG